CCGCCCUCUCCUCCUCCUCUUCAUUCCCGCUCCGGCUCCGCUCGAUUCUCUCAGGCCUCGGCUACUCGGGCUGCUCUGCAAGAUGGCGGCUCCCAGGACUGAGGCGGACCGCUCUGAGGAGGCGCUGGCGUCUGCGCUGGCGGACGUGCCCGACCUAGCCCGGCUUCUGGAGAUCGACCCGUACCUGAAGCCCUUCGCCCCGGACUUCCAGCGCAGGUAUAAGCGCUUUAACCAGACUUUGGACAGCAUUGGGGACAACGAAGGUGGCAUUGAUCAGUUUUCCAGAGGUUAUGAGUCAUUCGGCAUCCAUAGAUGUGCUGAUGGUGGGAUAUACUGCAAAGAAUGGGCCCCAGGAGCAGAAGGGGUGUUUCUUACUGGGGACUUCAAUGAUUGGAAUCCAUUUUCAUAUCCAUAUCAGAAAAUGGAUUUUGGAAAAUGGGAGCUACACAUUCCACCAAAGCAGAAUAAAUCUUCACCAAUACCUCAUGGAUCCAAAUUAAAGGUAGUCAUCAGGAGUAAAAGUGGAGAGAUCUUGUAUCGAAUUUCACCAUGGGCAAAGUAUGUGGCUCGUGAAGGUGAUAAUGUGAAUUAUGAUUGGAUACACUGGGAUCCAGAACACUCUUAUAAGUUUAAGCAUUUUAGACCAGCAAAGCCAAGAAGUCUGAGAAUUUAUGAAUCUCAUGUGGGAAUUUCUUCCUAUGAAGGAAAAAUAGCUUCUUAUAAACAUUUUACAUGCAAUGUACUACCAAGAAUCAAAGACCUUGGUUAUAACUGCAUUCAAAUGAUGGCGAUCAUGGAACAUGCUUACUAUGCUAGCUUUGGUUACCAAAUCACAAGCUUCUUUGCAGCUUCUAGCCGUUAUGGAACUCCUGAAGAACUAAAAGAACUUGUUGACACAGCCCACUCAAUGGGUAUUAUAGUCCUCUUAGAUGUGGUACACAGUCAUGCUUCCAAAAAUUCAGAGGAUGGAUUGAAUAUGUUUGAUGGAACAGAUUCCUGUUAUUUUCAUUCUGGACCUAGAGGGAAUCAUGAUCUUUGGGAUAGCAGAUUAUUUGCCUACUCCAGCUGGGAAGUUUUACGUUUCCUGCUUUCAAACUUGAGAUGGUGGUUGGAAGAAUAUGGUUUUGAUGGAUUUCGUUUUGAUGGUGUUACAUCUAUGCUCUAUCACCAUCAUGGAAUGGGUCAAGGGUUUUCAGGUGAUUACCAUGAAUAUUUUGGACUACAAGUAGAUGAAGAUGCCUUGAUUUAUCUCAUGUUAGCCAAUCAUUUGGUUCACACCUUGUAUCCAGAUUCUAUAACGAUAGCUGAGGACGUCUCGGGAAUGCCAGCUCUGUGUUGUCCGAUUUCUCAGGGAGGAGGUGGUUUUGACUAUCGAUUAGCCAUGGCAAUUCCAGAUAAAUGGAUCCAGCUGAUUAAAGAAUUUAAGGAUGAAGAUUGGAAUAUGGGCAAUAUAGUCCACACACUCACAAACAGACGCUACCUUGAAAAGUGCAUUGCUUAUUCAGAGAGCCAUGACCAGGCACUUGUAGGAGAUAAGACUUUGGCAUUUUGGUUGAUGGAUGCUGAAAUGUACACAAACAUGAGUGUUUUAACCCCUUUUACUCCAGUAAUUGAUCGUGGAAUACAGCUUCAUAAAAUGAUUCGUCUCAUUACUCAUGCACUUGGAGGAGAAGGCUAUCUCAAUUUUAUGGGUAAUGAAUUUGGGCAUCCUGAGUGGUUAGAUUUUCCAAGGAAAGGAAAUAAUGAAAGUUACCAUUAUGCCAGAAGGCAGUUUAAUUUAACUGAUGAUGACCUUCUUCGCUAUAAAUUCCUAAAUAACUUUGACAGGGAUAUGAAUAAAUUGGAAGAAAGAUGUGGUUGGCUUUCAGCUCCACAGGCCUAUGUGAGUGAAAAGCAUGAAUCCAAUAAGAUCAUUGCUUUUGAAAGAGCAGGUCUUCUUUUUAUUUUCAAUUUUCAUCCAAGCAAGAGCUACAGUGAUUACCGAGUUGGAACGGCACAUCCAGGAAAAUUCAAGAUUGUGCUAGAUUCAGAUGCUGCAGAAUAUGGAGGGCACCAAAGACUGGACCAUGGUACUGAUUUCUUUUCUGAAGCUUAUGGACAUAAUGGACGUCCCCAUUCUCUUAUGGUGUACAUUCCAAGCCGAGUGGCCCUCAUCCUUCAGAAUGUGGAUCUGCCUAACUGAGAGACCUGACUGAUCUCAUCUCCAGGAGAUAAAUGUUUACUUGUGUGUUUAUAUGUAUGUAUGUAUGUAUGUAUGUAUGUAUGUAUGUAUGUGCAGAAGCGCUCGCCCCUGAUUUCAUGACAUAAAGAUUAAAAUGUGUGAGCUUUGUAAAAUAGACUUCUCUAACUGAAAUGUCAAGUUUCAGAAGUAUUAGUUUAUGCAAAUCAACUUUUCUUGAAGAAGGAAUAUUUGUGAAAUUUCAGGCAAGCUGGACGAUAUUUUCCAGUGAUCAGAGCAGUUAGCAGUACCAGAUGAAGUAUUAUACAUAACUUCUUUAAAUAAUGUUACUUCUCUAGCCAAUUAUUUAAUGCUUCAACUUAAAUCAUUUGUCCAGUGUGAUUACUUCUCUUGAGUGUUUAUAUCACUUUUUAGAAAUUAUUAUUUGCUGGCUUGGUUUGAAUAGCUCUUGGUCUGAAUUGCAAGGUGCCAAGAUUAUUGCUCUAUUUCUUUCAAAAUAUGUUUAGAAACAUUAUAAUAAAAUGAAGUAAUAUAAAAUUUAAAAGUCUGUUACCUAUAGUAC